UGUUUGCGAAGUUUGAGGCGAAAGGUAGUGUUCGAAAGAAAUAUAUUCUGUUACGGGUAUGUUGAGCGUAAAACAUAAAAAUUAGUGAAUAUGUGCAAAUGUAUGAAGAUAUAUAAGCAUUGCAUUUUACGACAGUAAAUCAAAGGCAGAAAUAAAUGUGCAUUGUUUAUAUGUUGCAAUAUCGGUAGCCGUGAAGCUCGCGCGAAAUUAGUGCAAAUAUUUUGAAUAUAUAUUUCUCAAAGCGCGGAAAUUCAAAAUUGAGUAAACUGCAUUUCCUACAGAGGAAAACACGAUAAGCAAUAAUUAUAGUGCAUGAAAUUUUGAAUAAUGAAAGCAAAUUAUUGAAACUGCGUGCAUUAAAACACAUUAGCCAAAUUCGUUUAUAGCUACAAAGUCAGUAGGCAGAAUUUCAAAAUAGGAAGUAGUCAAGAAACUAAGUGAGAAAAUAAAUAAAAACCUAUAAAUAACUUUUUUUUUUCAAAAACAAAUAUAAAAAACUAAGCCAGUGGGAAAGUGGCGAAGAAAACUAAGAAACGUAACAGCUCAACAAGUGCAAGAAACCGCAAACAGUCGCCCACCUUAUGCACGCUGCACUACCGCGUGUAUGUCUCGUCGUUUGCGUGCCGCGCAUGUGCAGUGCUUUGUUCAGAUAUUUUUGCCUCUUAAAAAUACGUAUUUCUGCAACAAAAAAUUUUAACCGUACGCGUGCCAAUUUUUUACUAUUUACGCGCGUUUUGUUUUCUGUAUUUUAUUAAGCAACAUCUCUACACUUUUGGGUGCGUUAAGUGUGUUUUUCUUUGAAUUACUGUGAGUAAUGGCGAGAAAACAUAAUAAUAACACAACGGUAAAGAUGCUGAAAAGUGAAAUUUUCAGUCUAUGGCCGCUGGCAUUUGCCUCUUUCCUUGCAUUGCAGCUGCUCGCCGGCACCGCUGAAGCCUUCACUAUACUCUCCCCAUUCAGUUACACAUCUCUGAGUUUUAAGAAUCUGCUAAAUUCAGUGUUUUUAGCCAGUAAUGCGAAUUUAGCGGGUGGUGGGCGAAAUUUAAAAUCAGAUAUACUUGAGGAUGCGUCAUUGAUAACGCCGAAAUUGAUACGCAAGUACGGUUACCCAUCGGAGACACAUACAGUGGUCACAAAGGAUGGCUAUAUUCUGGAAAUGCAUCGCAUACCAAAACGUGGCGCCCAGCCAGUGCUUCUGAUGCACGGCAUAUUGGACACAUCGGCUACAUGGGUGCUGAUGGGACCAAAAUCGGGGUUGGGCUACAUGUUAUCGGAUCUCGGUUACGACAUAUGGAUGGGCAAUGCGCGUGGCAAUCGAUAUUCGAAGAAUCACACGAGCCUUAAUAGCGAUUACCAGGAAUUCUGGGAUUUCACCUUUCACGAAAUGGGCAAAUAUGAUUUACCCGCAAACAUUGAUUAUAUCCUCAGCAAAACAGGUUACGAACAGCUGCACUAUAUAGGACACUCUCAGGGCACUGCAGUCUUUUGGGUUCUGUGUUCCGAGCAGCCUUCCUAUACACAAAAAAUACUAUCGAUGCACGCUUUAGCUCCCAUAGCGUUCAUUUCUGAUAUGAAGAGUCCACUUUUUCGAACAUUGGUUGUGUUUUUAGACUUUUUAACGGCAGCGACACGCAUGCUACGCAUCACCGAAUUUAUGCCCAAUACAAAAUUGUUUGUAGAUCACACGCAAGUGGUGUGCCACGACAACGCAAUGACGCAGGACGUCUGUUCAAAUAUCUUGUUCCUGGUGGCCGGCUACAAUUCGGAGCAAUUGAAUAAGACAAUGCUACCAGUCAUGUUGAGUCAUACACCUUCAGGGGCAUCAAUUAAACAACUCGAACACUUCGGGCAGCUAAUGAAAUCGGGGAAUUUUCGCCAAUUCGAUCGUGGCUUUUUGCGCAAUCAACUCCAAUACAAUCGUAUGACACCGCCCGAUUAUGAUCUGUCCAAGGUGAAGGUGCCGGUGGCACUUUACUAUUCGAUGAACGAUAUGUUGGUAUCGACAACGGGUGUCGAUCGUUUGGCACGCGAGUUGCCCGAUGUGAUUGACAAAUACUUAGUGCCCAUGGAGAAGUUCAAUCAUUUGGACUUUUUAUGGGCGAUCGAUGUCAAGUCACUAGUGUACAAUCGCCUCGUAAGGAAUAUUAGGCGCGUGGAGAAUUACAAGCAAAAGCAAACGCUACAAAUUAAUGCGAGCAUACAGCAGUUUAGCACACAUCUACACCAACAACAUUUACAAGUACUACAUCAACGACAAUAUCGGCAACAGCAGAAACAUUUGCGGGAACAGCAAGAAUUGGAAAAUCAACAAUUAAAAAAAAGCGGAAACACACGCUCCGGCACAGAUCGAAAUUUCAAAACAAUUUCGAAUACGAAUUUAAAUUCAAACACAAUUGGCAGCGCAGGUCAGCCUAUAAAUGGACGCAUACAUCCACAUGGAGGGAUCGUAUAUUCGACUUAUGCUUCAAUUUUGCCGAAACUCUUGCCGGCAACAGCGACAGCGCCAUCUAUAAAACCAACACUGCCAAUACCGACGGCGCUGCCAAUCGUCAGCACGAACUCGAAUCAAGAUUUAUCUGUGAUAGACGCGGAUAUACAUCCAGUUUAUAAGCCAAGUGAAAAUGAGCAUGAAACUAUGGACCAAGAAAGGCUUUCAAAUUCUAAUAUACCGUUAGAUUUCAUGCCAGUUUUGUUCUCGAAUACAGAAUCAAAUAUGGAGGACAUGAGCACGAAUGCGCCACCAUCCGACUUCUCGGAAACGACGGAAAAAGUAGUAGAAGGGAGUGCGUGAAAUACACUACACUUGUCGUUAGUUUUUAUCAAAUCCGGUUAACUAAUAAUGUUUUUUAAGUAAUUUUUAAAAUUUCGCAUCAUGAUUCACAGAGGAAACAGUCUUAUUUUGGUUCAUCCAUAUUUGCUUAUAAUUUUUAUUCAUUCUUAAAUUAUUUUGUAAAUAAUAAUAUUGCUACAUAUUGUUUUCUUAAUACUCUUUUCUUAUUCUUAAAAUUUAGUUGGCAGAAUUAUAUUUUUGUUAUUUAUUUAGUUUUGAUUUUUUCAUUGAGUUUUUUACUCUGAAAAUGCGCUAAAUUUUAGAUGAAAAAUACACCAGAAACUUUAUUCUUUCAUUGCUUUACUCUGUCAGUACGUUUAUUUUUGAAUAAGUACGCAUAUAUGCAUAUUAUUUUAUUAAAUUUUAUUUUGUUUAUAAGUCGAAUAGAAUAUUAGAUUUUUAAGUAUAAACCGCAAUUAUUGACUGUGAUGACAAACGAUAAACAAACGAAUAAAAGUAUCUUCUGAUGGCGAUUAAUUAGUACAUAAUUUGUACAAAAAUAUAAUUAAGCAUAUACUUGUAUCUAACAAAGCAUUUGAAUGCUAUAUAAGUAACUACUAUCCAUAUAUAAACAUCUAUAGAAACAAAUGCCUGUAUAACAGUGAGCGUGUCGAAAUAAUAAUAAUGGCUUCAUUUUAAAUAUAUCACGUAACAAUUCCUACGUAUAAAUACAUAGUUUAUUCAUAUAAGCCUAAUAUUUAGCAAGGUAAAUGUGCUCACAACUUUUUUUCUUCCGCAAAUUUAUGCUUCCUUCUUUCCAAUACCUGACACUUCCCUCCUAGUUGGCUGUGGUGCUUAAUUUUCCUGUUCAACAAAAACUCAUUUGCUUCUUAUUUAAUUCAGCUUUUAAUUUUAGCUCAAUUUAUAUUCCAAUUAUGUUGAAUUUUGAUUCUGUACACAAGCUGGCGCACUCUGUCCAUAUUUUCCAUUUCGUAUUGCGUAAUUGUGCUUUCAAACUUGUCAAUAUUUACCAAUACUUACACUAAUUUUCGUCAGCUCAUCCAUCUGUCCCUGCAACGUUAACUUCACGGUGAUGCCUGAUAUCAGAGGAAGUUAUAUUGCGAUUGCGUAGAAAAUCCCUAAAUCCAAAAAAUUGCUAUGCCCAUACAAAAUACGGCUUAUCAGCAUAUAUGUACAUAUGUAUGUAUCUAAUAACACACAUUUUAUUAACAUUCCUAUCAUUCACCGCUAAAAAAUUGGAAAAAGUAGACUGCUAAGCCCUGACCAGUUCCAAAGUAAGGCAAUUUUCAAAUUUCAGUAUAGGCAUCAACAUAAAUAUGGCUACUUGGUACAAAUACUUCUUACAAAUUGCGAGAGUAUACACACGACACUCUAUCUUAGCCCUAACUUAGUAUUUUUAACUAGUUUAGUUUGUAAAUAUAUAUGUACAUAAAUAAAAUUAUUUUUAAUCUUUAUAUUUUGUUUUUGUAUAUAUAUUCUUAUAAUCAAUAAAAUUUCUCAAUAUAUGGAUAGUUUUAAUUGGCAAUGCGUACAUCUUUUGUAUAAUUUCAAAAUGGAAUAAAUAUAUUUUUCAUAUUUUCUGAUUCUUCUUAUGGU